GAUGUAAGAUUUCAAAUUUGGAAGGAGAGAGCUACAGCAGCCCCUUUUACAUACGGGUUACAAAAUCUCCACCUUCGAUAUUACUAUCCUCGAGGUAUUAUGUUUAUACGGGAGCAAAUGUUACUCUAGAGACAGAAGUCAAUUCAUCUCUUGCAAUCACAAAUAUAACCUGGGAGAGGAGGAAUAUCAGCACACAUAUGUACGAAAUUAUCGAUAUAUCGUCCGAUCAUCGAUACUCUGGGGGCGAUAUUAUGUUACCCUCGCUUUCUAUAUCAGAUAUUGCUCCAACAGAUGAGACUUAUUACCGUGUUAGUGUAACAAACAAUGAUGGCACAACGACUAAAGAGGUUUACAUUGAUGUCGUGUUAAGUUCACCAUCCAUAUCGCUCAAUUCCAGAUACAGUGUUCUGUCCGGUGAAAACCUCACUCUUGAAACAAACAUUACAUCUGUUCUGCCUAUUACUAACGUGACGUGGGAAAGAAGAAACAGCAGCACUUACGUCUAUGAAAUUAUCGAUAUACUGUCCGAUAAUCGUUAUACUGGUGGAGAAAUUCUCUCACCAUCACUAACAAUUAUACACGUGGAUCUGACUGAUGAAACUUAUUAUCGUGUAAGAGCUACGAACGACGAGGGAACAACAACGACAACAGUUUACCUUGAUGUCCUACCCCGUCUUCCAAAUAUUUCGGAAGGAACGACUUCAGUUUUAACGUGGAAAGGGGUCAAUAUUACAUUUCAUUUAAACGUAACGUCAUAUCUACCAAUAACAGAGAUUUCUUGGGAAUAUACAAUGAACAAUUCGACUAGUUAUUAUGAGCCACUGAAUAUAACAUCGGUUUUGAAGUAUUCUGGAGGAACAAUAUCCUCUCCACCUCUGACAAUAUACAACGUCACAAGUGCUGACAACGGAUUAUAUCGAUGUGCAAUAUCCAAUCGUGAUGGUACAACAUUGAGCUCCGUGUUCCAAAUUAGAAUUGAAACCUGCCUCCCAGUGAUAUCGGUUGGAAGUACGUCCAUUUUGGUUAAAACAAGGUCUAAUGCCAUCCUACAACUUAAUUACACUUCCGGGCCUGAAAUAAAGUUUGUCACUUGGGAAAGACGGAGUUCCAACUAUCCUUAUACAUUUAGUGCAAUUAAUAUAACUGCUAAUGAUCGAUACAACGGCGGUACCAUCGAUAAACCUUAUCUAGAGAUCGUCUAUGCAGCGUUGGAAGACAGUGGUUAUUAUAGAUGCACUGUUGUGAACACCGAUGGAAUGUCAACUUCUCCUUUGUUCAACGUCAAUGUUCAGACACAGCUCGUAACAAUAAAUGUUUCCGCCACGUCAUACACAGUAAAUCAGGGUGACAAUGUUACCUUGUCCGUGAUCCUUUCUGACACAGAAAUCAACUCAACGAUAGUAUGGGAGAAACAAGGUAUUAAUGAUACGUCGUAUACAGUAAUCGACAUAUCUUCAGAUGAAAGGUACGAAGGAGGAUCUAUGGCAUCUCCUUCUUUAUCCAUAUUCAACAUCACCAACGUCGACUUUGGAUAUUAUCGAUGCAAAGUCACAAAUAUCGAUGGAACUUCGACAAGUCCAUGGAUACAGGUCACUCUCGGAAGUUCAUAUAUGUAUGAAGAAUCUGGUUGUGAUAAGCUGAGCUGCGGAGGCCUUAAAGAAUGUGUAUACCGUAACAACAAACCCACGUGUUCUGUGGUCAUGUGGAAAGCAGCGGCUGCUGGUGUUGCUGGUGCUGUAGGGGCAGUUGCCACAGUUGGUGUUGGUGUUGCCGCGGUGAAGUCUCUGACGGCCGCCAAAUCUGUAAGUCCACUUAAUGUCGAUAGUGCUGGAAAUACUCAAGCCUCAAAAUCAGAAGCAGAAAAUUUAAAAACAGAAAAGGAAGAGAUGAAGCAGAACGAGAGGAAUCACAAAAACCAAAGAAAGAGCAAACAAAUCAAGCGAAAACAGUAGUGAUACAUGCUAUGGCAUGCUUGCAUGGAAGAAACUCACAACGCAGGGACCGUGCUUAGAUGUUAUGAUAUAAUAUUAUUGCCAUUCCCAUGCCCCCUUAGGCCUACCCAGCAAGUAAAGACAAAAUGCAGACUUUCAAGAUAAUAUCAGGAAAUUUAUGUUUAUUUUUUAUUUUUAUUAUUUCUAAUUUCAGAAUUCUUAAACAUUUUUUGUGCUUUCACUUAUUCGUUGAUUAAUUACCACUCUGUACAUGUACAUACA